GUGCAUAAUCAUGAACAAUACACCCAAAGAAAGUAGAUGAGCUUUUUAACGGCCCCUUUUUUUUUUCAUUUUUUUUUUCUUUUUUCUUUUGCCGCUUGCUCUUUGUCGUUCAUUAUCAUCAUCGUUUGUGUUUUUCUUCAAUUUCGAUAAUAAAAAAAGCUUUUUCUUCUGCCGCUCUGAUUUUUAACCUUCCCCUACACGUUAUCCUCGCUACUAUCACAGCUAUAUAAACCACUCUUUUGCUUCUUACAAAUUCAGUCUAAAACAUUUUUAGUAAAAUAUAGAGUGAAAGGAGAAGAAACAAAAAUGGUGGAGAAUGGUGAUUUAGUAGUAGUGUCAAUAGUUGUGAGAGAAUUUGAUUCAAAAAAUGAUAGCAAAGAAGUGGAAGAAGUAGAGAGAAGAUGCGAAGUUGGCCCCAGUGGUAAACUUUCUCUUUACACAGAUCUUUUGGGUGACCCAAUUUGCAGAGUUCGCAAUUCUCCUGCUUAUCUCAUGCUGGUUGCAGAAAUAGUGGUGCACAACGGAAAAAACGAAGAAAAAUCAAUCGUAGGGAUGAUAAGGGGUUGCAUCAAAACCGUUACGUGUGGGAAGAAACUCUCAAGGAGUGGUGUCAAAAACACCUCUGAUUCCACUAAGCCACUUCCUAUCUUCACCAAACUCGCCUAUAUUUUAGGCCUUCGUGUUUCUCCUGCUCACCGGAGAAUGGGAAUUGCGUUAAAACUGGUGUGCGGAAUGGAGGAGUGGUUCAGAGGUAAUGGAGCUGAAUAUUCGUACAUAGCUACUGAAAACGACAAUCAAGCUUCCAUUAAGCUCUUCAACCACAAAUGCGGUUACUCCAAGUUCCGUACCCCCUCCAUUUUGGUCCAACCCGUUUUUGCUCAUCGGGUCCGGGUAUCUACUCGGGUCACUAUCAUUAAGCUGAAUUCAACUGAUGCUGAAACCCUAUACCGCCGCCGAUACUCCACCACUGAGUUCUUCCCCCGCGACAUUGAUUCCGUUCUCAACAACAAUCUCAAUCUCGGUACCUUUCUCGCUGUUCCAAAAGGCGCCGAAACUUGGCCUGGUGUGGACGAUUUCUUGGCCAAUCCGCCCGAAUCAUGGGCUUUGCUCAGUGUGUGGAACUGUAAGGACGUGUUCAAUUUAGAGGUUCGCGGCGCAUCGAGAAUGACGAAAUUCCUUGCUAAAACAACUCGUUUAGUGGACCGGGCUUUUCCAUGGCUGAAGGUGCCGUCGGUGCCGGAGGUUUUCAAGCCAUUUGGGCUUCACUUUUUGUAUGGGCUUGGUGGUGAAGGCCCAUUAUCUGUUAAAUUGAUGAAAUCUCUGUGUGAUUUUGCUCACAAUUUAGCAAAAGAAUCAGAGUGCAGCGUGGUGGCGACGGAGGUAGCGAGUGGGGAGCCGUUAAGGUUAGCAAUCCCACACUGGAAGAAACUAUCAUGCGCUGAGGAUCUAUGGUGCAUGAAACGACUUGGGGAAGACUAUAGUGACGGGUCUGUAGGUGACUGGACAAAAUCACAACCUGGUCUUUCUAUAUUUGUUGAUCCUAGAGAAGUCUAACUUUAUAAAAUA